UAAGAAUCAUAGCCUCUCUCUCUCCCAUUACUUAUCAAUUAAACCCCUCAAAAACCCACAUUCUGAACAUUAUAAUUCUCUGAGUAGAGUUAAAUGUUAGUAGUAGUAGUACUGGUAUUUUAAUGGCUUCAUUAUUCUCUGAAUACUCUUUCUUUACUAGUAUCUUCUUCUUCUUCUUCUUCUUCUUCCUCUCAUUCCAUGCACCAUUAUUAAGAGCUUUGCCUAGUUCCUACUAUGUGGACUCACUCAGUACUGCUACUUCUAACUCCACCACCUAUCGCCGCCAAAAAUGGGUGGGACCCUCCGGCCACCGCCUCAUCACCGUCGACGUUAACGGCUUUGGAGACUUCCGGUAUGUUCAAGAUGCCGUCAACUCGGUCCCCGAGAACAACCGGGAGAACGUCGUCGUUCAAAUCAGCGCUGGUUGUUACAUAGAGAAGGUAGUGGUGCCAGCAUCAAAGCCGUACAUCACACUUCAAGGAGCGGGGAGGGAAGCGACGGUGAUAGAGUGGCAUGACAGAGCGUGUGAUAGAGGUCCCAACGGUCAACAGCUGCGUACUUACCAAACAGCCUCUGUCACUGUUCUUGCUCCUUUCUUCUCUGCUAGAAACCUAAGCUUUAAGAAUACAGCUCCGGCACCAAUGCCGGGAAUGGAAGGGUGGCAAGCAGCGGCGUUUAGGAUAUCAGGAGACAAAGCCUACUUCUCUGGGUGUGGAUUCUUUGGUGCACAAGACACCCUUUGUGAUGAUGCCGGCCGCCAUUACUUCAAAGAAUGCUACAUUGAGGGCUCUAUCGACUUUAUUUUCGGCAAUGGCCGAUCCAUGUACAAAGACUGUGAGCUCCACUCAAUAGCGACGAGGUUCGGGUCCAUAGCGGCGCAGGAUAGGAAAUGGCCGUACGAGAAGACCGGGUUCGCUUUCGUGCGCUGCAGGGUGACGGGUACGGGCCCACUCUACGUGGGCCGGGCCAUGGGCCAAUACUCCCGGAUCGUCUUCUCCUUCACCUAUUUUGAUGACGUGGUCGCCCACGGUGGCUGGGAUGACUGGGACCACACCAGCAACAAGAACAAGACGGUAUUUUUUGGAGUGUACAAGUGCUGGGGACCAGGAGCAGCAGCAGUGAGGGGGGUGUCAUGGGCUCGAGAGCUUGAUUUCGAAUCGGCCCAUCCAUUCCUUGCUAAGAGCUUCGUCAAUGGAAGACACUGGAUUCCACCCUCUGAUGCUUAAUUUUUUUUAAUUAAUUAUAUGCAUUUUUUAAAACAAAAAGAAAUAAAUUUAAUCUUUCAAAUUCAUUCAUUUAUUUAUAUUUAAAAAUAAACCCACAAGGUCUGCAUUUUGGAAGCAUAUGAUUUGAAAUCCAAUUGGGUUCUUGUGUACUUUUGUGUAAUAUAUUUGCACUUAUGUGAAUAAACUCAAUCAAAUUUCAGUGAUAGAAACAUGUAUGCAUUGUAAGCAAGAGAUGGCAAGUUCGACACAUAUUGUUUCUUGAUGUACUUUAUAAAAAAUAAUAAACAAAUAAAAAAACAUGCUUUUAGGAGAUUGAUCGAACACCCAAUUAUGAGAUUUCUUGUUAAUUAGUAGAGUCCAUCGCUUUUGUAUUAGUGUUUAGAGGCCAAACAUAAAAUGUGUUAAUUAAUUAGUUAAUAGCUAAUA